AACAAGAAUCUCUUAUCUCCUCGCCCCCGUCUGUCAUUGCUUUUAUCCAGUGCUCGUCGUCGGUCAUUUCCAACCCCUUCAGUUGCUUCAUCCACAAGCUAUAUCUUCUUCAGCUAAAAAUUCCACAAUAUUCCGUCUGAUUUUCCGAUUCCAAUCGGAUCUUUAAGACUUGUGUAUAAUUUAACAUACCGAUCGUCCUGCGAUUUUAUCCGCUCGGAAUUGAAUUCCGGAAUUCGUGAAUCCUGGGAAUUCCGUGGGAGAGGACGAAGAACUGAAGGGAAUUUUCAUGUUUGUGGUCGUGAUCGGUGAUUAAGAGCUAUUGAUCGCUGAUCCCUGAUUAAGGUCUAGAGCUUUUGGAGGCUUUCAGUUGGUAUUGAAGCAGGUAAUAUGGGGUCUCUGCAAGGACCAGUUAUUUGCCCCACAGUUCGAGCAAAGCAAGUGGGAUUUUACAGUUUGCCAAAGGUUGGCCCUUUCCUGAAGGCCAGGCUGCUAAGAAGUGAAUUCUUGGGAUUCAAAGGGAUCAGUUGUACGAAGACUAAAGUAGGGAUUCUUUCUCACCAAUUACACGCUCGAAGGUGCAAAACGGUGCAUUGUAGUUACAGUCCAUCCUCCAAUGGGAAUGGAAGCCCUGCGGAGAACUUCAAUGAAAAUGAUGAAGAUUAUGUUAACUCUAGCGUGAUUGAAGCAGUUGAGGUGAAGAGUGGAGCAGAUGGUUUCAUGAUCAAAAUGAGGGAUGGUAGGCAUCUAAGAUGUGUCCACAACAACCCUCAGGGUGGGCAUCUGCCAGAUUAUGCUCCACAUCCUGCAAUUGUAUUGAAAAUGGAUGAUGGGACGGGUCUUCUUCUUCCCAUAAUUGUUUUGGAGAUGCCAAGUGUGUUACUAAUGGCAGCAGUGCGCAAUGUUCCAAUUGCUAGACCCACUCUUUAUCAAGUGGUUAAGGAGAUGAUCGAUAAGAUGGGCUAUGAAGUCAGACUUGUUAGAGUUACUAAGAGAGUGCAUGAAGCAUAUUUUGCUCAGUUAUACCUUACCAAGGUGGGUAAUGGGACAGAGUGUGUCAGUUUUGACCUUCGACCUUCAGAUGCCAUCAACAUUGCAGUAAGAUGCAAGGUGCCAAUUCAAGUAAACAAGUACUUGGCAUAUAGUGAUGGAAUGAGAGUCAUUGAAUCUGGCAGGCUGUCAAUGCACACCCCAGCUUCAGAUGGCUUAUUAUUUACUGAAAUGGAUCGGCCAAGUGGUCAACCAUGCGUUGAAACAAAGGAGUUUGAUCUUGUGCGCAACAUGCUAAUUGCUGUCGUUGAAGAACGCUACAGAGAUGCUGCUCAGUGGAGGGACAAACUCAGUCAACUUCGGGCUAGAAGGAACAUAAAUAACAGCUCUUGGACAGUAUAAACUGUACAUAAAAAAAUUCUUCAGAGUCGAGGAGGUCAGCAACAUAACAGUGAUUUCUCUCCUCCCUUCUACCUAUAUAUAUAUAUGUAUGUAGCAAGCUUGUGAAUAUAUGUAAAUACAAACUUUUUAAUGUAAAUGUACUUUUUGAGCUCUGCUUAUUAUUCUGCUGCUGCUUCCAAUGCAAAUGGGCUGUUACCAAGGAUGCCUAGUUCUUAUCAUCGGCACAUUGCUGGGCUGUGCUUCACUGUUUGGCCAGCAGCUGUAUGGGAUGUUUAGUUGCAAAUUGUGUAUGGGAUGUUUGGUUCCAAUUGAUGACACGUAUUAUUUUGGCUGGGUUCUUGUAGAAUUUGUAACUUGCUAUCUUCUUGCCUGGCAGAAACUAGAUCUUGUGGAAUCAUAUUGAAUAUUUGAAGAUA